AUUAUACGAAUUUAACUUUUAUUAAAAUAACAGUUUAGAAAUGAUGGAAGAAGUGCGUGCUUUAAACAAUUGCGAGGUUUUUAAACAAAUACGCGCUCAGUUGAGCAACUACGAUCACAAUGAGAAGAAAUUGAGCAGCUUCAACUAUUUUAGCGGCAAUGAGCGUGAAAUUAGGUCGCUGUCGCAGCUCGUGCUCAAUGUGCUGGUGGAGCAUGAGCUGGUGCAGUCACUGGGCGAGCCCGAAAUAGAUCCAGGACAUAAGCUGCUUGCAGAGCCCAAGGAUGACGCAGAUGCUGAGCAACUGCGCGGCGCAUUCAUGUAUUUGGUAUUGAAUACUGCGCAUGCGGGCGGGGGCGAGCAGGCAGAGGUGUUGCGCUUAAACCCGCACUGUGUGCAUUUGUUGCAGCAGCUGCCCACGCAACUGCCGCAACUGGUGACCGUAAGCCUGGCGCUUAUGUGUGGGCUGCAACCGCAGCUAUUGGAAUUUCUUGGCUGCGCUCCGCGCUGGCUGAGUACUCAGUAUCAUGACAGCUUAAACGAGACGCUGUCGCAUUUGAUUAUCGACAAGCAGAAGCAAUUGCCGCUAAUCUGUGGUGUGCUCAAUGCUGUCACUCAAGCUAUUUGCCUGGAGGAUCACGAUGCGUUCAUAGGCUAUGCCGUGCGUCUGCUGCAGCGCCAUUUGCUGGACAGCGAGGAGCGCUUAAGUCUGCUGCGUACCAAUGCGCGUCAACGCUACUUGGGUGCGGCCAUGCAUCAGCUGCUGGAUGUGAUGCUGUUCAACAUGGAGGCACUGGCCAAGCCGCCAACUGCGCCCGACUAUGCUUUGGUCUAUACGCUGCGCUCUGCCGCUGUCUCUAUCAAGCAGGAGCCAGAUGUGCCUGGCAAGCUACGCAACUAUGCCAACAAGCUAAUGGAUGCAGUGCAGCGUGUGCUGCAGCAAGUCAGCAUUACAACUUUUAUGUACUGGCAGGAGUUGCCCAGCUCUCGCCUGCUCUAUAAGCUGCAAGGUGACAUCUGCCUGCAGGCGCAACAGCUGCUGCAGUUGCUUGCACAGGAUGAAAUUCUGGGCAAGCACAAGCUUUGCUUGCAGAUCCAAAACUUUGCUGAUGCUGCGCAAACGUUUGAGGAGCGCUUGGAGGACCUGCCGCUUGGCGAGCUACUCGAGUUGCUGGAUGGCGAUCUGGGCGAAGCGAGCCAGAGUCAGCUGCUGGCAGGCUUGGAUCAGCUGCUGAGUCGCGCCAUUGCCAUGGGCAGCGAGGAGUGCGUGGAGACCAUGGCCAAGCAUGUGCAUUUGCUGGGCUACAAGCAUGCGCUGAUGAUUUGCGAGCAUCUGGCGCAGAUAGUGAAGUUCAAGCAGGAGCAAGAGGAGGUGGAGGAAGAGAACGACUUCGAUGAGAUGUACGGCGAUUUGCUAUGCGACGUGUUGACGCCCACUUUUGCCAAUUGCACCAUUGCUGACCAACUAAAGCUGCUGCAUAAGCGCGAUGAUCUGCAGCUGUUGAAAUGUUUCAACUUCUAUAUGCCCGAUUCGAACGAACGUCGUCUGGAGUUCUUCAAUAAUCUCAGAUCGGAUAUCAAACGCUUAAAGCUAGCGCAGUAUCUGCAGUUUUGCUGGGAGAUGCCUGUGCAAACCUGGCGGCAUCUUGCUUGCUUGGCUGCCUCAUGCCCAGAUUACGCGCGUCUCUACUGGCACUUGGUCACCUACUGUGCCCCACAUGCGGCUAAAAACGUGGAGGCUACAUUGGUCCAAAUUUUGCUGAAUGAUCGCCCACACUAUAAUUUGGAAUUUCCGAUAUCUCUUUACGAGACGCCUGUGCUCCUGGGUGGCAUGCAACAUUACCAUGUGCUCAGGCAUCAGCAGCGGCGGCGAAAGCGCUAUCGUCAGCGCGUGCUCGGCCUGAAUCUCAAGCUCAAAGCUUAUACUCCAGCUGAGCUGCAGUCGAUGCAGAAUAUGUAUCUCGAUAUGUGUGCCGCCGCCUUGGAGCAGUUCACAACCAACGAGCAGUGGUCAGCCUUGAUGCGCAUGUUGCAGCUGCUGCAGCGUUUGGAGGCGGCGGAGAAGCGUCUCUUUGCCAGCAGCCAGCGUCACUGGCAGCACCAGCGGCAACAGCUGCGUCGUCUGAUGCAAAAUAAGGCCCCGAUGGAAGCUGAAGAGAACGCCCGCCGCCAUCUAAAGCUGGCCAACCGCUAUUGCAGCAUGCAUCACCGUAUGGGCAAUUGGCGUCAAAACCACGGAACUUUGUUUGGACAGCUGAUCAAAAGCUCUGAUGAGCUGCGGGCAGCAAGACUGCAAGACUUUGAUGUCGAGCGCUUGCAGCUGCUUGAUUGUAUUGUCGAAUAUUUGCGCAGAAAUACUCCACACCCGGCUCUCAUGCCGGACGAUAUGCGUGAGAAAUUAAGCGAACUCGGGCAGAGCUUACGUCAUCCACAUUGGUUUCAACAGGAUCAGCUUAAGCUUACAUUGCAUCAGGCAGAGUCCAAGCCAUUGCAGCCUAGGCAAUACGCUGGGUGGCUUGCACAGGCCUCAACCCCAGAAGCCAUAAAGCUAAUGGGCAACGCCAUCAAGCAACGCCUGGAUCAUGCUGUUCUAACUGAACUGGCUACCGCAGCGGACGAACUGGAUACUUUGCCAGCACAGCAGGCAUAUGGCUUCCUCUUGAAUUGCUACAUGCGCGCCUUCAACGACAUACUUAUUGCGCCCGCCGAGCGUCUAGAUUACCCACGCCUUAUUGAACAUUUAAUCCGCACGCCUAAGCUGGAAGUUGCUAAAAAUCUUUCAGCGGCUAUAGUUAAUUUCAAGAAAUUACUAAAUAAUGCACGGGAGUCGAAAAUACGUAAGUUCAUUGAGCAACAGGUUAAUAAAUAA